GUAAAUUUCUGUCGUAUAAGUAAAUAAAAGAAAUACUCAAGAAAAAUAUAUAUAAAUAUCAGCUCAAGUAACAAAGAGAGGAAUAUUACUAUAAUCUAGCAAAACAUAGUCUCUCUCUGAUCCGAUUCUCUCAAACACAGAAGAUAAGAAAAUGAUUUGUUUCCGAGACUUAAAGUUUGGUAGAUUCUUUACCUCCAGGAACUCCGGUAAAGUAUCUCCGGCCACCGUCUCAAAACUAUCGAAGAAAAGAUUGUGGAACGAAUUUCAAGAAGAAGAUCACAUCCUAAAGGCCCACGUAAGCUCUUGGUUACCUUCGCCGGAAAAUGUUUUCCAGUGGGAAGCUACCAUUAUCGGCCCGGCGGGGUGUCCUUAUGAAAAAGGAGUGUUCGCCCUCUCCGUUCACAUCCCAACACAAUAUCCUUUUGAACCACCCAAAAUCACAUUCAAGACCAAGAUUUUUCAUCCUAAUAUAAGCCAAAGAGGAGAAAUCUUUGUGGAUAUACUGAGAUCAGGGUGGUCAUCAGCGUUGACCAUCAAUGUGGUACUGCUUUCUAUAUGUUCGAUUUUAUCGAACCCGGUUGAACCGUUUUUGGUUAGCAAUCAUGCCGCGAGACUGUACUGGAAAGACCGGAAUGCUUACGUGAAAGUUGCACGAGAAUGGACUGUGAAGUACGCAAAGGGAGGAUUAGUUUGAUCUUAAGUUAAUUCAUAUAUUUUAUUAGUUGAUGGAUCCAUAUAAAUGACUACUGUUUUUGGUUUCUCGUGUGAUACCAAGAAACUGGAUUACUAAUAUAUGUAUUUUGUAUUCAAGGACGUAAAGAGCUGCUAAACCUUGUUGAAAAA